AACGAGAGCAAUGAAUCACGCCUAAACUCUCUCUCCUUCUCUUUCUUAACAAACCAAUAAAUUUCUCUAUGUUAGUUACAACAAAUCUCAACAUUCCAUUUCUUUUCAAAUACCUAAGAAUAACAUCAACAUUUUCUCUCUUUCAAUCCUUUCUCCUCUCAUCUCUUUCAUUUUUUUUAAUCACAAAUCUAAGAAAACACAAAUGGGGUUUAAAGCCCUUUUCAACCGCAAGAAGAAGUCCAAGAAAUCAGAUUCCUCUGUCGAUUCGCCAUCUGCUAUAGUUACAUCAACUAACGGAUCCAAAUCACCUUCUAUCAGGCUAAGACCCCAAGUUCAAGAGCUUGAACAAGUUUUUAAGAAAUUCGACGUCAAUGGAGACGGCAAGAUCUCCUCUGCUGAACUGGGCUCAAUCAUGGCGAGCCUGGGUCAUGAAGCAACCGAAGAUGAGCUGAAAACUAUGAUAACAGAAUUCGAUGCCGACGGUGAUGGGUUCAUUGAUUUGCAAGAAUUCGUGGCACUAAACACACAAGGGGUGGAUACAAAUGAGGUAAUGGAAAACCUGAAAGAUGCUUUCUCCGUUUAUGAUGUUGAUGGAAAUGGGUCGAUUUCUGCUGAGGAAUUGCAUAAAGUGAUGGCCAGUUUGGGGGAGCCUUGCUCAAUGGCCGAGUGCAGGAAGAUAAUUAGUGGGGUUGACAGUGAUGGUGAUGGGAUGAUUGAUUUCGAGGAGUUUAAGGUGAUGAUGAUGAUGGGUGCUAGGUGGGAUUCCACGGACGCUCUCAAAGGAAUUGGGAGUUAGCUGACUGGGUUUUCUGCGGUGAUCGACCGAUUUUGGUUGGUCUCGUGGUGGUGGUGAUAUGUGGGUUCAGAUUGAUUUUCCAAGAUCUGUAGGCUAUUUCUAUUUCUAUUUCUAAUUUAUUUAUUAUUUGUGUUUUUAUUUUUUUUAAAUGAUAAUCAUAUUGGUGGAUCACCGAAUUUGUGAAUAUUAUAUUCCAUUCAAUACAAUCCCUCCUGUUUUAAUU